UCAAUUCAACCGUCGGCACAUAUAGCAGCGAUCAAUUCAGAUGCUGCUCUACUAAUUGAGCAGCAAAAAUCUUUGUAUGCCUUUCACAAUGCGGCCAACGCUGUUGUCGAGCAUGCCACAAUUUUUCGAGCUGUAAAUAGGACAACGAUGCCCAAUAUGGUGGAAUCUUCAUCUUGGAUCGUAGUUCAUCAGAUGUACGUCCGUUCGGGUGCCUUUAUUUUCAUUGGACUGAUUCAAGACACUUGCAUAAAGCCUUGGACACAUCAUCCGCCAUCUCCAUUCAAAAUAGAUACCGCUUUUCAGUCAUUUUUAGGUUGGGCUCGGCUUGUUAUAGGAGCAUGA